CAAGGACUACAUAUCUGCGAUUUUCUCAUAAUGGCAGACGAUAUGAUGCUGCAUUUUGCAAACUUCAGCACCCUCCUUCUGUGCAUGGUUCUGAAAUUCCCGCAAAUAUUUGUGCUGAUGCGAACAAAGUCCACCAAGGGCGUCAGUCUGAAAAGUCUUCUCCUCGAACUGACCGGGUUUAUUGUGUUCAUCACCUACCAGAUGUAUAAUGAUUACCCACCUCCCACCUAUCUGGAGUACCCUAUAUUGAUAGCGCAAGAUGUCAUCCUGUUGCUUAUGAUUCUUUACUACAAUGGCAACCUAAAGCAGGGCCUCAUCUAUGCAGCAGUGUUUGUGGGAGGCUGGCAUCUCCUCACAGUGGACAAGUGGGUUAUUGAUCUCGCUAUGAGUCUCUGUACAUUUAUCAGUGCUGGCAGUAAGUUUGCUCAGCUUCAGUGUCUGUGGAAGUCCAAGGACUCAGGCGGGGUCUCCACCUUAUCCUGGGCUAUGGCCACCUACACCUGCCUAGCAAGGAUCUUCACAACUACGGUGACCACUGGAGACAAGCAGGUUCUUGUACGAUUUAUUGUCAUGACUGUUCUAAAUCUGUGGGUCACUGUGAUGGUGAUGUACUACAAACCUAGUGCCAAGAAGCAGGACUGAGCUUCAGUUGGGCCCACAUCACCGUGGAGAUAUCAAUACCAACACCUCAACUAACCUUGCCUUCUUCUAUCUGGUCAUCUUUAAACCAGUCAACAGCAAACCACUUGUUACACUUGAACUGGAAAUCAGCGGGUACUUGGUAUACUUAAGUUGUUAACAUGCUGAAGUUACUGUUUUCCUUCAUAGAGCAUUUUGUAACAAGGUAAAUAAUCCUAAAAUAGUUUUGUGUUAAAAUUACA